AUGCUGCAACGAGAAGAGGCUCCAUCUCGAAAUCCCGCAAGGCCCUCCAGAGUCAACCAUCAAGGAAUACAAACACAGACCAUCCUAGCUUAUACCCAAAUUUCCAAUUCCCACUCCUACAAUGCCAGGGAUGGGGGCAGUCUCAUCACCCACUGGGACCCUGGCAACGCCCCACCACGCGACCACCCACUUAUGGAGAAAUGGUAG